AGAAUGGCCUUUCUCAUUUGGUUGGGAGGGAUCCAGGCGUCUCGGACUGCCUUGAGAGGAUAUGACGCGGGUCCGGGUCCUGUCUGGGCAGAGAGGAGAUAGAUGGUCCAGGUGAAGGAUGUUGGGAGAUGCGGGUGGCAUGACACCGACAGCAGGCUGCAGUGUGGACCUAGCGAAUCAGCCUUCUCUGUCUCCGUCGCGUGAGGUCCAUUGAUCACUCCAGCCUUCCAAGGACAGCUAAUAGCUAACCGAGAAAACAUGACUGCUGGUUCAGUGUGUGCCCCUCAGAUCAUACCACUGCGAGUGCCUCAGCCUGGAAAAGCUAACCAUGAAAUUGACACGAAUACUCUUUUGGAAAUGAAAUCUGAUACCCCAGAUGUCAACAUAUAUUACACCCUGGAUGGCAGCAAACCUGACUACCUAAAGAAAAUUGGUUCUGGUGAAAAUAACACAUUUAAGUAUAUAAAACCUAUUACUCUGCCUGAUGGAAAAAUACAAGUUAAAGCUGUUGCUGUUUCUAAAGACUGCAGACAGAGUGGGAUUGUAACAAAGGUGUUUCAGGUAGACUAUGAACCACCGAAGAUGGUCUUUUCUGAAGACACUGUUGAAGAUGCUCUCACGGGGUUUUCAAAGCAGGAACCGAAAAAUGGGUUUGUUGGACCAAAAUUAAAGAAGAAGUAUAAGAAUGCUGACGACAAACCCACCUGGAAUGGUCACCUCAGGCGGCUGCCAGACCUCAAGGUAGGCGAAAGAGCAGACCCUAAAACUCCGAAAGAUCUUCGCUUCUCAGAGAGGCCACUGGCAAUCCCAGCCUACCAUGAGGGAUCGGGUUCCAGACUGCCCGCUCACCAGACCCAGUCCCCUGGCUUUGCACAUAUUACUGGCCAGAAGAGUCUGACAAGCACUGAGGUCAUGAGGAUCCAGAGGGAGACGGACUUCCUCAAGUGUGCCCACUGUCUGGCGUCCCGCCCAUCUGAUCCUUUUGCUCGCUUUUGUCACGAAUGUGGCGCUCCUGUCCCACCCAUAUUUGGCUAUCGUCUUCCACCCCCAGAAGGGGCUCAGAUGGGUCUGUGCACAGAAUGUGGAAGUAUGGUUCCCAUGAACACCCCCAUCUGCGUGGUGUGCGAGGCUCCUCUUGCUCCCCAGCUGCGGCCUCAGGCCAGCCUCCACCUGAUGGAGAAGGUGGUCUGUCGCACCUGUGGCACUGGGAAUCCUGCUCACCUGAGAUACUGUGUCACCUGUGAGGGGGCCCUGCCUGCAGCACAAGAGCUUGGCAUUUCUGCUACCCACUGUGUCUGCCCAAAAUGCGGGGCCAGCAAUCAUCUGUCUGCCCGAUUCUGUGGCUCCUGUGGUAUUUAUGUGAAGUCCAUAACAAGAUUUAGGAUGAACAACAGCUUGGCCCUGGUUGCUGAGGGACCUCAUGCAUUUUCUGAGCCCCGAUCUGCCUGGCAGCCUCUAAAUGUCUCUCUGCCCACAUCUGCUGCUGAGUCUAAGAAGGACACGGGCACGCAGACCUCUGGCCUGCUCUACCCAUCUGGCAAGCUCCUGGCGAAGAAGGAGCUGGAGGCUGCAUCUCACAGGCAGCGACAGGAGAAGAUGAGUGACCACAGGCCGGUCCUCACGGCCGUCAGCCCAGGAAGAGGCUACUGGAGAAAGCAGUUGGACCACAUCUCUGCUCACCUCAGGUCCUAUGCUCAGAACAACCCUGAUUUCCGGGCCUUGAUUGCAGAACCCAGGAUGGGAAAGCUUAUCUUUGCUACUGUCCAUGAAGAUGGCUAUGAAGUUAGCAUCAGGCUGAACUAUAUUCAAGUCUCAAACAAGAGCCUGUACCUCAACAAGUCAGUGAAUCUCAGUGACCACUUUCUGAGCAGUGUCACCGAAGGUGGCAAUGAGCUGUAUGGCAGCAGGCCCAGCUUGGUGAGUGCCUACAGCCAGAGCACCUCAGACACUCCCGAUAGUGUCAAGAAGACGAAGAGUCUCAAGACCAAAAACUUCCACAGAAACCCAGAACCACUCACACCUGAAAGCAGACUCCUGCUGGAGGAAGUUGGCCCUGCAGGGAAAGGAAGACUGUCUGUGCUGGAACAGCUGCUAGAUGAAGGAGCAGACCCUAACUGCUGUGAUGGUCAGGGGCGACCUGCUGUUACUGUGGCUGUUGUGAACAAACACCAUGAAGCCAUUCCAGUUCUCGCUCAGAGAGGAGCAGACAUCGACCAGCAGUGGGGACCGUUCAGAAACACAGCUCUUCAUGAAGCAACUCUGCUUGGCCUGGAAGGAAGGGAGAGCAUCGCCACUUUACUGGGGUGCAAUGCAAACACCCAAAAGAAGAACUCAAGAGGCCAGACAGCAUAUGACAUAGCUUUGGAGAUUGGGGAUGACCUCACAUCUUCGCUGUUUGCCACUAAAUUCAGCCAAGGUCUAGAAGACCAACUUUCCCCACCUGGGAACCACAUCUUAAAUGACAUUUAGAUCUGAGGUACUCAGGAGGCUGCAAAGAGACCACAGUUAUAGCUGUCCUUAUUUAAGUGUUAAGAAUUAUGGUUGAAAAGAGCUCAUAAGACUUAAGAGUGUGUGUGUGUGU